AUGGCCUCAACUCCUUCCACACCGAACCUCAGAGAACAAAUUGAGGCAACAGCUCGGGCCUUCUUAUCUGCAUUCGAAGAAGGCGGAGCUCAGAGCGACGCUUCUAUUAUCAAUCGCGACGUUACAGCCGACUGCACACGUCACCUACUUCCCGCAUCCGUACCCAAAGCUUUCGGUCUUGCAACAGACUCGUUCUUCGACACGACCAGUUUCCAGGACCUCUUCGGGAAUGACAUCAAAGUAUUGCUGUUCAAGGAUAACACAAUGUCGAAUUUGAUCAUCGACACGGAGGCGCGCCGCGCCGCUUUUACAGCUAAAUCCGACGUGUAUGUUAGGAGCAGUGGAGAGACGUACCCUUCUGAGUGUGCUUGGCACAAGUCCAAGUUCACCUCUUCCAAACCCGAAACCAUUGAAGAGAUAGCCGCGGUCUAG